AUUCAAAACAUGGAGGAGAAGAAAGUCACAUAAGAUAAAUAGGCUUAGAAAAAACCAGGAAAAUAGGCCGUUCAGUUGGUAAUCAUGAAAAUCAAGCAUAAUUUUAGUCAGAAUAAGAUCUUGAAUUGAAAAAUAGACUGGAAUAAUAUGCGGAGGAGAUCAUUUAAAAUAACACAGAAAGUUUGGAGAAGUUGAAGACCGAAGUACGUUCAGCUACAACUUCAAUGACUUCAGUGCCAAAGCCAUUCAAAUUCUUAAAGGAAUCUUACGGGAAGUUGGUUGAGUUUUACAAUGGAUUGGAGACAUCGAGAUUCAAAGUAUGAGUGUAGUAUCUAAAAUAUAGAAAUAAUUGGCAGAUUUUCUAUCUGUGUUGGCAAUGACUUAUGGAGGCGAUAGAGAUUCAUUGCUUUAUCUAUAGGAGGGAACAUUAGAAGAAUUCAAAUUUUGGGGACAUGAGUAUCUAAGUCAUCUUGCUGCUAAUAUUGGAUCAGAAUUUUAAUUAAGGUUACAAAAGGUAGAGGGAGCUGAUGAUUUACUGGCUUUAGUAGAUGAAAUAGUUCCCUAUUUUAUGGAUCAUAAUUCAGAACAUGAUGCAAUAGAUUUAUUAAGUGAGGUGGAUCAAUUGUAAAAAAUAGAACAAGUAUUAACACUAUAUCUUAUCAUUAGUAUGUGAAUCAAGCAAACAUAUAAAGAAUUUUGGUUUACUUAUUGAGUCUUGUUCCAUUUUGUUCAGAUUAGGAUGAAUUAGAUAUUUUACUUAUUACAGCCUUUAAUAUUUGUUUGAAGGUGAAUGAAUACACUAAUGCCUUGAGAAUUGCAUUACGUAUAGACAAACCAGGAAAGGUUGAGGAAGUAUUUAAAGCCUGCUAAGAUGAAACCAUAAAAAAACAAUUGGCUUUCUAAUUGGCUAGACAUAGAUAUCAAGUUGAAGAAGGAAUUAUAAAUGAUGAGACUUUGAAAAAGAUUGCAGCAAAUCAGUACUUGAGUCAAUUCUACAUAAAUUUGGCUAAAGAUCUAGAAGUUCUGGAACCCAAGACUCCAGAUUAAGUAUACAAGGCUCAUUUAGAAGAGAAGAACAAGGAAGCCAACUUUGAAUAAAUCCAAAAAAACCUUGCAGCUACAUACUGCAAUGGAUUUGUGAAUGCAGGAUUCAAGAAAGAUGCAUUGAUGAGCAAUAAAGAAAAUCCAUGGUUGAAUAGUGUGAAAAAUGAUCAUACUGCGAUUGCAGCAGUUGCAAGUAUUGGGUUAGUCAAUUUAUGGAAUAUUGAUAAUGGUACAGAAUAAAUCUCUGAGUAUUUUGAUUUAAGUGACAUCUACACAAAGGCAGGAGCAUGCAUAGGAUUAGGCUUAUUUUGCAGUGGAAUUGUCGAUGAAAAUUAACCAGCUUAGGCCAUAUUAUUAGCUUAGUUGGAGAGUCCUGAAGUGUAGGUGAAGAUUGGAGCUGUAAUGGGAUUGGGAUUAGCAUAUGCAGGCUCAGCAAGAGCAGAAUUAUAAGAACAAUUGAUAAGUUUAAUUGUAGAGGCAGAUAGUGUUGAAUUGGCUUCUAUGGCUGCACUAUCUUUAGGUCUGAUAUUUGUUGGUAAAUGCAAUGAUGAAGUUGCAAAUGCUAUCGUUUAAACAAUGAUGGAGAGACAAGAAUCAUAAUUAGAUAUAUCUAUAUCAAGAUAUUUCGCAGUAGGAUUAGGAUUACUCUAUUUAGGAUAAGCAGAGGCUGCAGAAAUAGUAAUUGAAUCACUUGCUUUAAUUCCUCACAAGAUCAAUAAAUAUGCAAAAGUCACCUUGACUUCUCUUGCAUUUGCAUCGACAGGAAAUGUUUUAAAGGUUCAAGAACUACUUGGCUAUUGUUCAGAAGUGACAUCUGAUGACAACGGCGCUAAGAUUGACAAGAAUUAUGAGCUCUAAUAAGUAGCCAUCUUGGGAAUUGCCUUAAUAGCCAGCAGUGAAGAUAUUGGCAGUGAGAUGGUAUAUAGAAUUUUCUAACAUAUAUUGCAAUUUUCAGAUGUGGAGGUCAAGAGAGCCAUUCCUUUGGCUGUGGCUUUGAUAAAUGUAUUGAACAUAUAUUAAUUAUUUUAGAUAUCAAAUCCAAAGAUUCAACCGAUGGAUCUUCUUCUUAAAUUGGCUCAUGACAGAGAUUAAGAAUUGUCUUAUAGAGCAACUUUGUCUAUGGGUUUAUUGGGAGCAGGUACAAAUAAUUCAAGAAUUGCUGAUAAAUUAAGAGGGUUGGCAGUUUACUUUAUGAAUGAUUCAAAUGGUUUGUUCCUCGUGAGAAUUGCCUAGGGAUUAUUACAUAUGGGCAAAGGAUUGUUGACACUUCAACCAUAUUAUUCUGAUAAGUUCUUAAUGAAUAAGGUGGCUAUUGCAGGAAUUAUUUCAUUCUUACAUGGAUGUUUGGAUAUUAAGAAUUUGAUUUUGGAAAAGAAUCACACAUUACUCUACUAUUUGGGUAUUGCCAUGUAUCCAAGAAUGUUCUUUACAGUAAUUAUUCUCUCUUAAAUGUAGUUAAAUGACAAUCUUGAAAAUCUCCCUGUUCAGGUACGUGUAGGAUAGGCUGUAGAUGCAGUUGGGUAGGCUGGUAAACCAAAAAGAAUUACAGGAUUUUAGACUCAUACAAGUCCAGUCAUUGUUAGUGCUGGUGAAAGGUAAUACUAAAUAUAAUCUGUAAUAGAGCUGAAUUAGCCAAUGAUGAAUAUAUGCCAGUCCAAGAUAUGAUUUUAGAAAACUUUGUUAUUUUAAAGAAGAAUCCAGAUUACAAACCAGAAAUUGAGUAACCAUAACGUAAAAAGACUAGUUUUAGCAUGUGAUUAUAUAUAAUAAUAUGCAAGUAUGUAACUUUUAAAU